AGUCGUCAAAAUGUAAAAACACGUAAAAAUGUUCGCUUAUAAAAAUUAAAAUUAAACGACAAUUAAAGUCCGAUUUGUGUUAUUUAUAGUACAAAUUUGGCAGUAAUUGUCCUAUAGUAGUUUUAAGGUCAAACAGUGAAGAAAUCGCCGACUAAGACAACGUCACCAAGCAUGUUAAUAUUCCGAUCGCUAAGAGCCCAAAACAGAUUCUUGUGGAAUUAUGGAAAAAUUCUUUUUUGUACGAAACUUCCUGUACAUCGAAAGUCUUUAACGCGUUAUGUGAUUGUAACUCGUAAAUUUUGUCACACAAAUGACUUGAAAAUCCCCGUGGAAAGUACAAAUAGUCUCCAGAACUUGCUCCAAGGACUUGGAUUGGAUCCAGAAAUGAAACUUGAAAACCUCAAUGAUCUACACAUCGACGGCUUACUACUAGAAGCGAUGAUUAACGAUGAUCGAGACGCACUUUUAUACAUUUUACAAGAAACAAAUUCAAAACCUCACAUCCCGCAACCAAGUCGUUAUUGUUUGGAGAGAAUCAUGAUGAACUAUAUCAGAGACCGUCCCUUACUAAAAAUCUGUUACGAGUCAGAGCAAGAUUGGAUGGAACCGUAUUUCGUAGCAAACAAUUGGUAUUUGGGUGAUUUUGAGUUAGCGGGACAACAAUUUCGCGAACUCUAUGCAGCGGGAGACGAAAACCAAAAAUACACAAUUUAUAACUUGCUCAGGAAAAUAACCAUUGAGACUGUGAAUUACAAAAGCGAAGCACAACUAGUCGUGAUAGUGUCACUCGCUGAAUAUCUCGUGUCUUUUUCCAACGAUAAUCGUCUCAUGUUGUUGCUGUUCCGAAAUUCGUUCAAAAGUCCCUUUGAAGAAAAUCAACAAGUCGCUAAGGAAUUGUACAAAAACCAUCCUGAACUUCGGAGUUACUUCCACAUGAGAGGCACUGUCCUUAAAUAUGUGAAUUUGUUACUGAAGAUAAACGAGUCUGACGCAGUUCACCGAUUAGCAAAACUUUAUUUAGAAUAUGACGAAAAGGAAUGGGCUCGACUUUGCUUAUCGAACCUCUUUGACUUCCAUCACUAUCGGAGGAACCUGAAAGCAAGUGCAGAUAUUGUCAGAUUUUGCAUCGACAACGAUAUCAGUUUAACGGACGAACAAGAAGAGAGGUUUGUGGACUUGUUGCUUGAAAGUGUCCCAAGUAGGAUGACGAUUGAAAUUGAACCGGGAUUGAAAUUUUCGUUUUGAUAUUAGGAACGAAUUACUUAGCAAAAUAAUAAAAUAAAAUAAUUUUUAAAAAUU